GAUUAUGACAGAGAUAUGAGAAAAUGUCUCAAAGCGGAGAGACUAAGACGCCAGAAAGCGAACAACGAAGAGGCAGUCCGUAAGCACGCAGCAAUCCGCGCCAGAAUAUUAGCAGCUGAGCAGCGUCAAGCCCAACAUUAACAUGGAUUGUGACAUUUUGAAGUCAAUUGACCUUACCAACAAAGACACUUUUAAGUCAUUCACCGAUAGAUACUUCAGUAAACGGUACAUUCUGAAUGUCGACGGCAUACCCAACAACGACAUUAUGUUGAUGUUCCAUUCCAACCGGAUAACUUUGUUGUGUCUCGCACCGAGUCAUUCCUUUUUUAAAAGACCGGACAAUUACAAGUUGAACUUUACGAUAGGUAAAGUUGAUAGAUUAUGCAACACAGUCAAGGGUAAAGGUAAAAAGGGUGGUCAGAUGCUAACACCCAAGUCUGCUAUAUGCCAAGUGGAAUGGGAAGAUGGGAGCAGCUUUGAAAUACCGUGCGGAAUGAAAGGAACCCUUGUGGAAGUUAAUGAGGAGCUGGUCAAGCAUCCUCAGUUGUUACGAGAAAGACCUGACUCCGAUGGAUUCCUAGCUAUUAUGCUGUCCAGUAUUACCAUUUCGGACACCACAAAGAACGAGUUGUUGACUCAUGAGGAGUAUUUAAAAGUUGUUAAUUGUAGUGAUAGUAAAUAAAUAUUAUUUUUAAAUAAAAUA